AUGACUUCCACCACGUUGCGCGCUGUGACGCAUCGGUUGACUACUACGCCGGUCGACCAAUUGCCCUCGAUCGCUUCAUUCCUCGCAACUUCGUUGAGCGAUUGUGCCGAGCUCCUUUCGGCGCCACUGAAUCAGAAACCCGGCAAAUCCGACUCCGAUCAUGCCGUGCAAAUCCACAAGUUGAAGACUCGCUUGGCGAGCCUGCUGCAGGACCGCAGCGUCGAGGGCCGAUGGACGGCGGUCAUUUUGGUCAAAGCUGCCGUCGAAGCUGGGCAAUGGGAAAUUUUGCGGGGCUAUGAACCCAUUGUUCGCAGUUUGGUUGGAAUUUUGGCGAAACCCGACCCUGUUUCCACGAAAAAAAUGUGUCUGAUCACCUUGACUCGCAUCUUCCACCUGACUUACCAGUAUCCGACCCUUGUCCGAGAGAUUACGACACCUCACCUACCUGGAUUCAUUACGGCGGCUUUGAAUCUAGUGUCAAAUCUGGUAAAAUCGCCUUCUGGAUCGACCCGGACUCCAAGGCCCAAUUCUCCUUUCAUGGAGACUGUCCUGCACGCCAUGCUAGAAUUGGUUCCCCGUCACCCUACCAUCUUCCGUCCGUUUGGUCCCCAGCUUCGGUCCUUGCUUGCCGAGGUUCUAGGCUCGUCUGCGCUGGUGUAUUUUCCCGAGCAAGUGCUGGAUGUCUCAGAACAACUAUUCGCGUCUCUCUACAAGUGCGCGCCAAAGGACAAGUCGGGUUCUGGUUGGACCGAGGAUUGCAAGUCGGCUAUUUUGGCCGCCCAUAGGGCAGCCGACCAUAUUUUCCGAUCGGUUGUGGAGCAAUGGGAAUCUGUGGAUACUACUUUGGUCUCUACGCGACAAAUAUACAGCAAGGAAUUGGCUGACGAAAGUUCUGACCCCUUGGGACUCCCCAGUUGGAGCGGAAUUCAUGCGGGGACCGACAAAUUGAUUAAAGUUUUGCACAUUCUUGCUGGGUUUGUUUCCAUGCCAUCCACCGCCACCGUUGCCAUUCCUCUCGGUCCGAUCCUCGACUUGACUUCUCGACUCACGUCGGUGGUCGUUCCACCCAAUGGUGAGGCUUCCCAGAAUGGUGUUCAAUUCAAUUCUCAAAUCAGCCGUGACGAGCGGGAGUUGCUUUGGGCAGAACUCCCUCGCAUCCACACUGCAUGCAUGGACCUUUUGGCCCAUGUGGCCAAUGUGUUGGGAACCAGUACAAUUCCCAUCGCGCAGAACAUUAUCGAUCAAGUCACCUGGGUUUUCAAAAACGAAAAGUUCAGUAGAGAUGUCCGGCUGGCCACAUAUGACUUGCUCUCUUCUGUGGUCAUCUUGAAUGGACCUGGAAUGACGAAGCAGAGCGUGGCUUCCGUUGCAAAUGUUCUUCAUGCCUGCUGCCACGACUUGUUUCCUCAAACCGGCGAUUCUACGACUCCGUCCAAGUCUCAAUCCGAUCCCAAGUCGAAGUCUAAGGCGGGCCAAGGCACAGCAAAUGCGGAUUCUUUCUUGAACCCGGAGCUGCAGAAGAGUCGCCAAUUCAAGGCUCAGUCAAAAUUCCCUGACCUUGAACAGGCUGCGUCUGCAUUCCUCCAAGCCUUCCUCGUGUCUGCUCCGGCGGAGCUUUUGGCGGCAUCGAUUCGCGCCGAAAUUGAUCGUACAAUCAUCUUGACCUCGGAUAAGGAUGCAAUGCUUGCUAGCGUGCUGAACCCUGUUCCAGCCGCUAAGGGUCGUGGGGCGGGCUCUAGCAUCAUGCCGUUCCUCGUCCGCAGCUACUCUGAUGAGAUGGUAGUUGAAGCUUUGGUUCGCCCGAGAAUGCCUGUCUUGAUGACAGUACCGGAGCUUGAUUCGUAUGCUGACAUGGAAGAGGAGGAAGAAGACGACGAGGUGGAGUAUGAGACAUCCAACGAUGUUCCAAACACGGCCGAGUUCCUGAAGGGACCGGUCAUGGCUCCCGUCGCAGCCCCCAAGUCUGAGGUCCCGGCAGCCCAGAAUAAGCGGACCUUCUUUGAGGAGACCACAGCCGAAGUACAGGCUUCUUCUCCUGCGUCAGUAACGCAGCCUGUGCAGGUUAAGAAGGCUCGAUUUGCAGAGCAGACUCAACCUGUGGUGCCCCCGCCAGCUACUCCAUCUGCUAGGGUUGAAGCAUCCAUGGUUCCCCAACACGUCCAAGGGACUUCACAAACAGCGAAAUCAUCGAGUGCGCCCUCCAAUUCCAAAGAAGGACCCUUGCCAGUAGAUGAUAGCGAUGAUGAGCUGCCAACCUUGAACAUGGAUCCGGAUACUGAUGAUGACGAUGAGGAGAACGACGAUGUCACAAUGGAGGAUUAA